GAGCUGCGCCUCGGCCGCCCUGCUUCCUGGAGCUGUGCUCCUUUGACCCCAGUGGCAGUCCCUGUCACUGCACCGCUCGCGCUCCCUCUGGCUCGCCGCGCCCUCGCUCCCUCUUCUCGCCCCCUCGUUCGCUCGAGCCCCAGAUCGAGGCUGCUCGGGGCCUUUCUCCCCCCGCCUCCCUCUAGCGCCGAGCCCCCUGGCCCCCCGCCCCAGCUCGCGGCGGGACCUUCGGGGUCGAAGGUUCUGGCCCGCCCGCGCCCCUCGCCGCCCCCAAGCGCCCCCAGCGCUCUUCUAGCAAGCUCGGGCCGCUCGGCGAUGGAUCGCCUGCACACCGGGCGCUGAAGGCAUCCCCGGGACCCGGAGCGCAGCCCGGGAAAGAAACACACAGCGGUAUUGAUGAGUAAAUCCUUGGAUUCAGAGGUUGGCUGAAACGAACCAUGCCUGCUUCCAUCUUUUGCUCCAGAAAGUUGUGAAUUGCUCAUGCCCAUAGGGAGGAAGGAUGGCACAUGGGAUUCCUUCUCAAGGCAAAGUUACCAUAACGGUGGAUGAGUAUAGCUCAAACCCCACCCAGGCAUUCACACACUACAACAUCAACCAGAGCAGAUUCCAGCCGCCACAUGUACAUAUGGUCGACCCCAUCCCAUAUGACACUCCAAAACCAGCGGGCCACACGCGGUUUGUCUGCAUCUCAGACACACACUCCAGAACAGAUGGUAUCCAGAUGCCUUAUGGGGACAUCCUUCUCCACACAGGCGAUUUCACCGAGCUGGGACUGCCCUCAGAGGUUAAGAAGUUUAAUGACUGGUUAGGAAACCUGCCAUAUGAAUAUAAAAUAGUGAUUGCUGGGAAUCAUGAACUGACAUUUGAUAAGGAAUUCAUGGCAGACCUUGUUAAACAGGACUACUACCGUUUCCCCUCUGUGUCCAAAUUGAAACCAGAGGACUUUGACAAUGUUCAGUCCCUCCUGACAAACAGUAUUUACUUGCAAGAUUCAGAGGUAACAGUGAAAGGAUUCAGGAUAUAUGGUGCACCUUGGACUCCGUGGUUUAAUGGAUGGGGCUUUAACCUACCCAGAGGUCAGUCUCUACUGGACAAGUGGAACCUCAUCCCUGAGGGCAUUGACAUCCUCAUGACACAUGGACCUCCUCUAGGUUUUCGAGACUGGGUUCCAAAGGAGCUUCAAAGGGUGGGCUGCGUAGAGCUGUUAAACACUGUCCAGAGGCGAGUCCGACCCAAGCUCCAUGUGUUUGGUGGAAUUCAUGAAGGUUACGGCAUCAUGACCGAUGGCUACACAACGUACAUCAAUGCCUCAACAUGUACAGUCAGCUUUCAACCGACCAACCCUCCGAUUAUAUUUGACCUUCCGAACCCACAAGGUUCCUGAAGCUCUAACUAUCUUAUUGGAAUAUGAGGGAAGGUCUACAAACUGCCAUUUUUCUAAUUAUAAACUUACAUUCUCUUACUUGUUUAUUUCCAAAUGCUGUGAGUUCUUUUUGUAAAUUGUCGGAAACAAACAACAACAAAAAAAAAUUGAUGCUAGAGGUUGUGCUUCUUCUUUAUUAUUAUUAUUAUUAUAUUAUUAUUAUUAUUAUUAUUAUUUCUAAAUGGGGCACCCAUUGGAAAUCAAAGGAGCAUUGUGAAUUUGUAAAAUGACUUCUGAUUUUUCAAAGGCCACGCCAUUGUAAAUUGUUAAGUGUUCGCCAAAGGACAGCCAAGCUUUCUUUUAAAAAGUGAAAGAAGUCUUAUUUUAAUAUGCUUUAAGCUGGAAGAAAAAGAAAAAAAAAAUGGAAACAGGUAGACAGUGUUUUAAAAACCACCCAGAUUUGCACAACUGUUUAAGAGUAUUGUUUUAAGUAUUUUAUUUUUUAAUGUUUCGUUGUUGUCGUAUUCUUGGUAAUGCUUCAUUUUUGCAGAUGUGGCCCCAAUUUUAAACAAUCUUCUCAACUGAAGUAGGUAUGGAAAAAGCCUUCUCGUCACAUUCUUGCUGGAAAGAAGACAUGUGUCAAGGGAAGACAACAGCCCUCAUUUAAAGGAUGGCUUAGCUAGUGAGAUCCAUAUCGUGGUUUUACAAGGUCUCAUUGUUUGUUUGUUUCUUUUAAAUUAUUUUAGCUUUAAAAAUAUGGAAAUGGAACCUGUAAACAGCAGGUAUUUCAUGCAGUAAAAAAAAAAAAAAUGAGUGUGCAGACUCUUUUUCA